AUGCAUAGUUAUUUAUCUGUUUAUCUACCAAUCUAUCUAUCGCAUUCUAUUUAUGUAUAUCUAUCUAUCUCAGUCAGGUCUUUAUCUAUCUAUCUAUCUAUCUAUCACAUUCUGUUCAUAUCUAUAUAUCACAUUCUGUUCAUAUAUAUCUAUGUAUCUAUCUAUCUAUCUCAUUCUGUUCAUAUGUAUCACAGUCUUUUCAUAUCUAUCUAUCUCAGUCUGUUCACAUCUAUCUAUCUAUCACAGUCUGUUCAUAUCUAUCUAUCACAUUCUGUUCACAUCUAUCUAUCACAUUCUGUUCACAUCUAUAUAUCUAUCUAUCUCAGUCUGUUCACAUCUAUCUAUCUAUCUAUCUAUCUAUCUAUCUAUCUAUCUAUCUAUCUAUCUCAGUCUGUUCACAUCUAUCUAUCUAUCUAUCUAUCUAUCUAUCUCAGUCUGUUCACAUCUAUCUAUCUAUCUAUCUAUCUCAGUCUGUUCAUAUCUAUCUAUAACAUUCUGUUCACAUCUAUCUAUCUAUCUCAGUCUGUUCACAUCUAUCUAUCUAUCUAUCUAUCUAUCUAUCUAUCUAUCUCAGUCUGUUCAUAUCUAUCUAUAACAUUCUGUUCACAUCUAUCUAUCUAUCUAUCUAACAAUCUAUCUCAGUCUGUUCAUAUCUAUCAGAGUCUGUUCAUAUCUAUCUAUCUAUCUAUCUAUCUAUCUAUCUCAGUCUGUUCACAUCUAUCUAUCUAUCUAUCUAUCUCAGUCUGUUCAUAUCUAUCUAUCACAGUCUGUUCACAUCUAUCUAUCUAUCUAUCUAUCUAUCUAUCUAUCUAUCUAUCUAUCUAUCUAAGGCUUUUCGUUUCAAUCUCUCUAUCUAUCUAUCUAUCUAUAUCUCACAAGUUCAUCUUUUCUUCUUUGCCAAAUAUUACAACUCUAUCUAUCUAUCGAUCGCUCGAUCUAUCUAUCUAUCUAUCUAUGUUAGUCAAUCUAUCUAAGGCUUUUCGUAUCUAUCUAUCUAUCCAUCCAUCUAUCUACCUAUCUAUGUCAGAUCGUUAUCUAUGUAUCUAUAUAUCUAAGGUUUUUCGUGUCUCUAUCGCUCUCUCUCUAUCUAUCUAUCUAUCUAUCUAA